GGGAGGAAAAAAUACACCAUCACAAGGUACUGAUAAAGACGAGAAGAACAAGCACUUCCAAACAAAGGAGCAAGUCAAUGCUAGCAUCAGAAGCUGCUGCAGGCACAACUAAUUCCAUCCUUGUCCUCUAUCUGGGCUGCACUGUGGCCAGGUCUCCCAGCACUAAGAGGGUAAGAUUGGAAUUCAGAACUGGAGUUGACUUCGAUCCAGUUUGGAUCUGAUAACAGCCAUGAAUUCUUCACUGAUGACCCGAGGAGCCAAUGAUGUUCUGGAGGAACUCCAGCUGCUCACAGCUCAGAACCUAGAGAGGUUGGAGGUGAAUAAAUACUACGAGGUGAUUAGAGAGCUGGGGAAAGGCACCUAUGGCAAGGUUGACCUGGUUAUCCAUAAGGUCAGAGGUACCAAAAUGGCCUUGAAAUUCCUGAGGAAGAAGACCACCAAACUGAAGAGCUUCCUCAGAGAGUACAGCAUCUCCCUGUACCUCUCAGCCUCACCUUUCAUCAUUGAUAUGUUUGGGAUCGCUUUUGAAACAGAUGAAUAUUAUGUGUUUGCCCAGGAAUACGCAACUGCGGGAGACCUGUUUGAUAUCAUUCCACCACAGGUUGGCCUUCCUGAACAGAUUGCCAAGCGCUGUGUGCACCAAGUUGCCUUAGCACUGGACUAUCUGCACAGCAGGAAGCUGGUACACCGCGAUAUCAAACCAGAGAACAUCCUCAUCUUUGAUAAGGAGUGCCGCAAAGUUAAACUGUCUGACUUUGGGAUGACUCGUCGGGCUGGCACUCCUGUCAAACGGGUGAGUGGCACCAUCCCUUACACCGCCCCGGAGCUCUGUGAUGCCUCCAAACAUGAGGGCUUCUCAGUGGAAUACAGCAUUGAUGUCUGGGCUUUUGGGGUCCUACUCUUCUGCAUGCUGACAGGAAACUUCCCCUGGGAGAAAGCCCUCCUCUCAGACUCUUUCUAUGACGAGUUUGUGAGAUGGCAGAAGCGUCGAGGUGCCAAUGUGCCAUCCCAAUGGAGGCGAUUCACUGACGACGCUCUCCGCAUGUUCCGGAAACUACUGCCUGUUGAACCGGAGAGGAGGUGCUCUGUCAAGGAGAUCUUCAGAUACCUGAGCUACCGAUGGAUGCUGGACACAGAUUGUAGCAAUAACAUUGCUGAUGUGAGCUCUUCCUCUGAAGAAGAUCUGGUGGCCAGGAUGAAGCAACAGAGCUUAUCCCCUGUCUGCACCGUUGCCAAGAGCGGCGUUUCCAUGGAAACACCAUCCUCACGUUUCUCCUCCAUGACAACAUCAAGCUCCCUCUCAUCCAACAGCAGCUAUGAGCGAGCAACAAGGGAGAGCAGCAACACCAGAAUUCUGGUUGCCACGCCAAUUGAAAUCUGCGUUUAGAUUACACAGUCUGUGUCCCAGGAUGUGGAUGGCUUGAACCGUGAUAGGAAAGCACAUGUUAAAGAGUAACAAUUAAUAUGGAGGGAAUGCUACUUCAGAAGUCAACACGAUCCUCCAGCUGGGCUCAAACUCAGGCUUCCAAUGGGGCUUUGUGUCAAACACAGCUCUUCAGAGCUUUCACCCUAAGCUGAUUCUUAUCCAGUUGUGACUGAGUUGCUUUGUGUCUUUGGGUCAGUCAAGCUGAGAGAUGUCAAGAGAAGCCCUUGGCCCAACCCUAACACUUUUCAAGCAAUAUGCUCAAUUUGUGUUGAUUCCGUGGGUGACAACAAGAGAGGUGGCAGACCAACUGCCCAAAUCUCAAAUGGACAUGACUGCAGCAAGGAUCUUUACCGCUUAGGCUCAGCUCCUACGCAAUGAUCCUUCUUUACAUUCUGCAAGAGGCAAGGAUGUUGCCCAGUGAUCAAAUCUGAGGCAGCUCCUACUGUUCAAGUGACUUUCUUCUUAAGGGCUGGUCAGUGUUCACCAGGAGGAUGGCUCAGUCAGCACAAGUCUUCACUAUUUACACUGACCUUUCACUAAUGUGACUGUCACUUCCUGUAAGAGAUCAUGCUAAUCCAUUCUUGGUUUUUUUAAAAUAAAAACGUUAACACGAGCAAUUUUCUCACUUCACAGUCUUCACCCUCCACCCUCCUUGGCACAGCCAGCAUGUUAAGCUGCUAAAUUUCCUAAUAUCUCAUUUAAUAAGACUGAAUUUACAAAACCAUGAGGUUAACAUGUAUUAAGCAAAAAAAGAAUAACAUUUUGAGGUAAUUGCUCGAACUUAAGGAGGCAAGAGAUCAAUUAAUUCAGUCGAACAAUCUCGAGCAAAGGCUCUUGUGGCAAGUUAAAUAUAAUUAUUAUGCUAAUUUAAUUAAGUGAUGAGACUUGAAGGCAUCUAAGCCACUUAAACCUCCCUAAAUGUCUGUCUGUUUCCUUUGUUGCAGUGUAGUCCAGAUGAGCCAAAGGGUCUGUUUCUGUGUUGUAGAUUCUAUGUUUCUCUCCUGCACCACUGCAAACUUGAGAAGACUCAUUACUGCAUUUUCUGUCCUUCUGUGUUUCACUGUGAUCCUGACAGUGAUGCCUGAACAGGACUGGUACUGCAGUGUAGCUGCCUACCAUACCAUUUAUUGAUUUAUCACUUACAGUACGGUGGGCUCAUUUACAAUUGGUCAGUCAGCUCACAGAUCGCUGAGGAGCGAAUGUUGGAGACAGGCAAAGCUUGAGGAGAAUGAGAGAGAAAGAAAACUGGUGGGUUGUAAGUAAAAGGGUCAGAGAUGGAGACUGCAAUGAAACCCAUUCACCUAUCCCACACAAUGUGCAAAAAGUAUUGAGUUAGGCCUUUAUGUGGUGAGGAUCAGAGAGUGGGAGCCCCGUGCGGUGUGCCUUUUAAAAUCCAGGCACUUGCAAAUGUAAUGUUAUUCUCAUGACAUUUUCCUGAUUGGGUUUCUCAUUUUCCUUUUUCUCUCUGACUAAAUCAGAUUUUGGUGCAUGGACUUUGGAUGAGGAUCAUUGAGCUCAGACAGUUUUCAGUGAUACCUGCAGUGGAGAUAUUUUCAUUCAUUUUGAAUUGGGAGUCAGGAAGAUCUGGCUUGAUAUAUCACUGAAAGUAUGUAAGAGCAGUCGGUGGCAUUUAGGUAAUUUUACAGUGCAAGAAUAAAGAUGAGUUGUCUCUGAUGUUAAGAGAUUAGAUGUUUAAAACACACAGCAAGAAGAACCUUGACUAUAUCACAUGACUGUGAUUAUGGACACUGGGGCAGUUUUUAACUUAACCUGUCUAGUGGGAAAUUGUCAGGAUUCCCUUAAGUCAAGUAAAAUAUAUCAAGCAGGGAAUAUAAAGUAGAUGGAUGUGGCAAUCCUAUUAGCAGAUUUGGUGAAAGUGACCGUGCACCGCUGUAAUUAGGGUGACGUUCAUUCUGUCAUCCCAUGGGCUGUUGACAUCGUGCCCUUAUGGAUAGUCGGCAUAGCCAGCCAGUAUGUUCCUGUCACCCAGUUCUCUUGCCUCCUGCCAAGCGAGCUGACUGGCAUCGAAUGCUUUUGCAACAAAAGCCUUUCCGGUCAAUUGGAUCAUUAAACGUUACCUUUGGCUUUUGGGAAGAAACCCAGUUAACAAUGCAAAAAAAUAACAGAACAUGAAAAGGUAAUUGGGGCUAAUUGUAUCUCAGGACACUAGAGCAAGAAUUAGUGAGCAGUGGAGAAAUAGACAUGACCAAAUCUGUAGCAACUGUUUGACAGGGCAUUUGGUCAACUUAGGCCAAUAAACCUUCAGGCAUGGUAACACAUCACCAUCCUUACCAUUGCUCAGCAGUUGUGUUUUUGAAUCCUGUUGCCUGUCAAAAUCUCUCACCUUUUACCCUAGUGAACCCCCAUCCUUUAAAUAAUAUAUAUUUGAGUUUGUGUAUCAAAUAGAUCACAAUCCUAUGUAUCUUCACUGUGCUUACUAGAAGUGUUUCUAAUGUUAAUAUGUGUGCAAUA